AUGAGCAGCAUACAAUACCUCGAUGGUGCAUUUUUCAUGAAUCCACUUACCGAUGAAGAGACAGACACCAAUAAUGACUCAGAUUCACAAAAUGAUAUCUCGAUAACCGCCUCAACAACAAAUAUCGCUAGUAAUGAAACAUCACGAAGAAAUCCAAGAGCACGAGUAGAGUUUGGACGAGGAAUGCCGUACGGAAUGAACGAAAAGUAUCGGUUUGAUUCACAAGAGACGAUAGUUGCGAUACCGGAAUCGGAUGCUUCAGCUGUGAUAACAGAAUCGGAUGGUCAGAAUCAGAAUCAGAAUCAGGCUUCAUCUACUCCAAAAAGAAGAUAUAUAGUGCUAUUUGUUGCUAUGCUAUUGGGAGUAAUCAUAUCUGGUAGUGCCAUCAUUUUAAUCAUGAAACUCUUAAACCCUAACUUUUUGAGUGGAUGGUAUUAA